UCUUAUUGGUGGAAACUGCGAGUAUAAAAUCGGCUAGAUAGCUUCGUCACUCAUUGACUGAUCCGUUUUACUAUUCUGGUGGAGUGUGGUGUGGGUUUGUCUCUCUUCACACCCGCCUUUACUUAGAACGACGGAUUUAAUCAUGUCCAUGAAAAAGCAGUGGAUGCUCCUAAUGCAGCAGAAAGAAAAUCGAUCAGUAGCAAUGCCCGCACCUCCGAGUGGUAUGGAUGUUCCUGAAUUAGUAAUCACCAAAUCUGCAGAAGUUGACGAAAAUAAAGAAAGAGGGAAUUGGUCGAGUGGUGUGGAGUUUCUUCUAUCGUGUUUGAGUUACGCUGUGGGUCUUGGUAAUAUUUGGAGAUUUCCCUAUCUCUGUUAUAGAAAUGGAGGAGGAGCUUUCCUUAUACCUUAUUGUAUUAUGAUGUUAUUUGUUGGACUUCCACUCUUUCUCUUGGAAUUAUCUUUUGGACAAUAUGCUAGUGAAGGCCCAAUUACAAUAUGGAAGAUAUCUCCCCUCUUUCAAGGUGUUGGAUAUGCCAUGUUCCUGAUGUCUAGUUUAGUAGGAAUAUACUAUAAUAUGAUCUUGGCAUGGGCACUCUUCUAUUUAUUCUCGUCCUUCACUACUCAUCUACCGUGGAGUUCGUGUGACAAUUGGUGGAACACAAACGCAUGCAGAAAAUUUGAUACAAAAAACUGCACGGCUCAUAACGGCACCAUUUUAUCAAACGGUACAUGCAUCACACAAAACGAAGUGUCUCCAGAAGUGUGGAAUCAACUGCUCAAUUCUACAGCUAAUACAAAAAUGGCAAGCGAUGAAUACUUUCAUAACUUCGUCUUGGAUCUGACAGAAGGUUUACACGAUUUAGGUGCUGUGAAAUGGCAGCUUGCACUUACUUUGUUGGCAUGUUGGAUAGUCGUGUUUCUCUGCUUGUUACGUGGGGUUAAAAGUAUGGGAAAGGUUGUGUAUUUUACAGCAUUGUUCCCAUACGUGGUACUCAUGAUUUUAUUAAUCCGAGGAGCUACAUUAGAAGGAUCUUUCGAUGGAGUCAUGUUUUAUCUUACCCCUCAGUGGGACAGAUUAAAAGAAGCUAGGGUGUGGGGUGAUGCUGCAAUGCAAAUCUUCUUUUCGUUAUCUCCCUGCUGGGGUGGUUUAAUUACACUCGCUAGUUAUAACAGAUUUCAUAACAACUGUUACAAAGAUACUCUCUUUAUUACUUUUGGUAAUUGUGCCACCAGUUUCUUUGCUGGUUUCGUGAUAUUCAGUAUUGUUGGAUUUAUGGCUCAUGAAUUGGAUGUUCCUGUGGAUGAAGUCGCAUCACAAGGUGCAGGUUUGGCAUUUGUUGCUUAUCCUGAAGCUGUUGCAAGACUUCCAAUUUCACCAUUAUGGGCUUUUCUUUUCUUCUUUAUGCUUAUGACACUUGGUCUAGGAACACAGUUUACAAUAAUUGAAACAGUAGUAACAACAAUUGUUGAUACUUGGCCACAUGUUUUACGAAGAAACAAACCGUAUGUUCUGACAGGGGUUUGCAUAGUUAUGUAUCUCAUGGGUUUAAUAAUAUGCACAGAGGGUGGAAUGUACAUAUUACAAUUAAUGGAUAAUUAUUGUGCCAGUUUCUCAGCCCUUAUUAUAGGUUUAACAGAAGUAAUAGUUAUUGCUUGGAUUUAUGGUGUUGACAGAUUUUUGAAUGAUAUAAGAAUAAUGUUGGGUCAUUAUCCCUUUCAUCGUCAAUAUUGGAGAUUCAUAUGGAAAUACUUAGUUCCAUUAAUGAUUAUAUUCAUCUUGAUAUUCAGUUGGAUUGAUAUGAAGCCUACACAAUAUGGUACUUAUGUUUAUCCAGAUUGGGCUACAGGAGUUGGUUGGUCAAUUUCCCUCUUUUCUGUCAGCGCAAUACCUGUUGUUGCUAUUAUUAAAAUCUCUCAAGCUGAUGGACCUCUUCUAAAGAGGAUUUCCAUACUUUCAAAGCCAACUUCAGAAUGGGGACCUAAACUUCAAAUGCAUAGAAUGGAAACCAACGUUCCCAAGCAUACAGAUUCUCAAGUUCCAUUGACUCUUCCCAAUUAUGAUCCAGAUCCUGAUGUAUUCGAUCCAGAUGAUAACUCGGACGAUACCAAAACAGACGAAGGAUCCGAGGGAUUAAGGCUUAAUAUCCCUAGCUAUAUACAUGAAACAGGAUUUUAAAUUUUUUUUAAUUUAAAAAACUUUUUAAAUAUAUGUAUAUUUCAUUCCAAGAUGGCGGAUGCUAAACACUUAAACAUUAGUGUCUGUUACUGCGUCAAAGAGGAGUAUAGUCGAUUGGCAACGUAAAUUCUACGUAAACAAAAAUUGCCAAUCUUUAUAUAUAUAUAUAUAUAAAUUAAAAGCAAAAAGAACUUUGCUUCGAGAGCAAAUAUAGCAAAGUUGAUCAGUAGGCACAAUUUAAGCUGCUGUGAUAAAACAACUGGUUAAUUUUGCCGUCCAUUAUGUUCCUAAGUUGCGAGCAAAUAAAAUAUAGUCCUAUUGCAAAGACUGGACAGCAAAAAACAAAUUUUAAUGAUGAUCUUUAAAAAAUUGUAAGGGUUUUUAACGUAAAUUUGCUUGUUUUGUAAGAAAAAACAAAUGGCAAUUUUUGUAUUUUGCAGAAUGGCAUCACUGAUUUUUCGAGUGCCCUUAAUUACAUGAACUUUCAGUAUUUUUUAAUAUAGUUACUUGAAAUCCAUUUUAUUUUGUUUAUAGAAUUGAUCCUUUAAAAUGUAGUUUUUAAGAUAAUUUAAAAGUACAAUUUCUUCUAUAUAUAUUUAUAUUUUAAUUCUUUAGUACUGUAAAUUAAUGUGUGUUUUAUAUAUAUUUCCUGACAAUUGAAACGGUGUACUGUGCCAUAUUUCUGUAAUCUGGAAAUCUUUUUUACAAUUUUAAAGUGUUUUGUACAUCUUUAAAGAAGUCAAACUGACAAAAGAAUAUGCUUGAAUGUAAUUAUUUAUAAAUGUUCUGUUUUUAUAUGAAAUCAGUAAAUCUGUAUUUGCUCUUGCUUACAAUUAGUACUAACUUCCUAAAUUAUUUAUAGAAGUUAGAGAUUUUUCUUUAACUGAAGAAAUUAGCUGAAAAUUUUUGACAUUUUAGUAAUCUAGAUAAGUAUAUUAACACUUGAAAGGUUAGUUACUGGUAGAUCUUUGUGCAAACCACCAUGGCUCUAUAUGGAACCCUAAGCAACAUGCAUGCAAGAAUGAAAUCUGGGUCUUUUCAAUAUGCAGAGGAUUAACCAAGCGCGAGACUCGGUCCCUUUAAGUGUUGGGCCCUGUGAAAAUGCACAUUGCAUAUUCGUGAAGAUCUCUUGUACUGUACUAAAGUUGUUGAUGAACGGGGCUUCGAGGUGAUAAGCUCCAGGAUGGAUUUUUAAUUCCUAAUUCGUUGCUGGAUAAGAAGCAAUUUGUAUCAUUUGUAAUAACAUUUUCAUAGAAAAAUUUCUGGCUUCUACAGGAAGUUUUAAUUUAUAUUUUGCAAAAAUAAACAGGAGCCUUUAAUAUUAAUGUGUUAUUGUUCUGAUAUAAAAUAUUGUAAUACAAAAUCAUA